AUGGCCCCUAGCAUGUCGCUUCACAGCGUGAUCGCGAUCUUGAUCCUCUCCACAGACACAUCCCCGGAGUCCUCUCGGUUGUUCGCCAAAUACUACACUCCACCACAUACGUCGGCCGUGCUUCCUACACCUACUCAACCGUACUCCACGCUCAAGGAGCAGAAGGCUUUCGAGAAGGGGUUGCUGGAAAAGACUGCCAAACAAACCUCAGAUGUGAUCCUUUAUGACAACAAGGUUGUGCUAUUCAAGAUGGAGAGCGACGUCAUGCUUUACGUGGUGGGAGGUCCCGAAGAGAACGAGAUCCUGCUGUACAACGUGGUGCUGGCGCUACGGGAUACACUGAGCAUUCUACUGAAGAGUUCGACAGACAAGCGGACAAUCAUGGAGAACUACGACCUUGUUACGCUUGCCAUUGACGAGAUAGUGGAUGACGGCAUUGUGUUGGAGACAGACCCAGUGAUGGUGGCAUCGAGAGUAACCAAGGCCCCUGCUCAGGACGCACCAAACAUGAAGAAUCUCGAUUUGAGCGAACAAGGCAUCCAAAAUCUGUGGGAAUUCGGCAAGAAGCAGGGGAUGGAGUUUGUCCGGAGAAAUUUAUGA